AAUUCCAUCUGAAGCUUCCAUCAUCAACACAUACAAACACACCCCACUAACUAACGAAGCUUCCGCAUUUACAAUUGGGACGAAUAAUAAGAUUGAGAGAAAGGAGUUGGAAAAAGCGUCUACUUAUUUACUUAUAUUCCUCUCAAAAUGCCUCGAGAGGCCGAGCCUUCACUCAAUGAACGUAAGUUCGUAGUGGAGGCCCUACAACAAGGCCUGCGCAUCGACGGUCGCCACUUUGACCAGUACCGAAAGCUCGAGCUUAACUUUACCGAUCAGUAUGGAGUCGCGGAUGUAACCCUGGGGAAGACGAGGAUACUUGCCAAAGUCUCGGCCGAAGUCACAACUCCCUACACGGAUCGACCGUUCGAUGGCAUCUUCACAAUCACCACCGAACUAAGCCCUAUGGCUUCACCUGCCUUCGAAGUCAAUCGACCAACCGAGACAGAAGUGCUACUAUCGCGACUACUCGAGAAGACGGUUCGUCGAUCUAAUGCGCUAGAUACCGAGUCUCUAUGUCUUGUCGCUGGCCAAAAGUGCUGGUCCAUAAGGGUCGAUCUACACGUACUCUCGCACGACGGAAAUUUAAUAGACGGGGCUUGUUUCGCCGUCGUAGCCGCAUUGCGCCACUUUCGAAAACCAGAUACGAGCAUAGAAGGCGAAGUUCUGACUGUGUACACGCCUGCGGAAAGGGAGCCAGUCCCGUUAAGUUGGUUACAUUCGCCGUUUUGUGUCACGUUUAGUUUUUACGGAGAAGGAGAUAUUGUGUUGCUAGAUGCUACCCUCUUGGAGGAACAGUUGAGUGUAUCUAGCUGCACUAUCAGCCUCAACAAGCAUGGGGAGAUAUGCCAGAUUGCAAAGUUGGGUGGUACACCUGUAGAGGGCGCCACAUUGUUGCAAUGCGCAAACGCCGCGCUCCACAAGGCCAAGGAGUUCUCGACAUUAUUAGAUCAGAAGCUGGCCGAGGACUCGAAACGGAGGGACAAGGGUGGACUGCUAACAGAGUUGUCCGCAGAGAAUGAAAGAUAGCGAUAGCAGGUUGAAAACUGCUCGCAUCAAUGACCAAAUAAGAUACCCCUUGACUUUAUAGAGGCGAGCCCUCCUGAUAGAACUUGAAACCAUAGACAGACCUUCCUA